AUGGACGCCAAGCUGAUGGUGGCCACAUACAGUGGCGAUGUCGACAAGUUGAAGGAGUUGCUGAAGAAGGAGGAUGCCACGGCGAUGGUCGUGGUGACAGCGGCGACGAGCAAGAAGCCGUCCAAGGAUGAACAAUCCCGUUCUGGUGACAUCGAUCCCUUGCUGCUGGAAUCAGCGUGCGGUGGUUCCUGGCAGGAUUUGGAAGAACUUCUGAAGAAGCCACAUAUCCCUGAAUAUCAAGAAUCUUUUGGUGACGCAGAAGAGGGCGUUGACCGCCAACCUGCAGCUGGAGCAUUUCUCAAAGGUGUCACUCCUGAUGGAGACACUGCACUACAUGUGGUUAGCAGCAAUGGGGAUAGCCAGGAUUUCUUGAAUUAUGCUGGUAUUAUCCACGACGGGGACAGGGACCUCCUGUUCACUAAGAAUCACAAGGGUGACACACCCUUGCAUUGUGCUUGCCGAGCUGGGAACUACGAGAUGGUUUCUCGUCUCAUCGAGCUAGCAGCAGAUAGGAAGUUCGAGCUCUUAAGAGAGGUGAAUCAUCGUCAAGAGACGGCCCUACACGAGGCUGUCAGAUUGGAAGACGGCAAAGCUCUGGGUCAUAAGGAGAGAGGACUGCUUGAUGCUCGCACCAUCAAAGGAAAACAAGAGAUGGUCAAGCUGCUAAUGGAUGCUGAUACCCAACUGGCUAAUUUUCCUGCAGGCGGCAUUUCACCCAUGUACCUGGCCAUCCUACUGGGAAAGGAUACCAUUGCGAUAAUCCUCUAUGUUAAGAGUUGCGGAAACUUAUCCUACUCUGGACCAGAUGGACAAAAUGCAUUGCAUGUCGCUGUUCUUCGAGCCACAAACACAGGUACCCCUAAAUGCAGUUAUCUAUUCUGGUAG